AUGGAGCACCUUGAUGGCGCGGGUUUGCGGAGGAUGUUCCCGACGCUGCGGGACGAGCGAGUGCACAUGGUACUGCACGGGAACGACCACAGCUUCCUCCUGUGCCAGCCCUGCAUGGUCAGCCUGAACCCAGAGAGCGUUCGAGCCCACAUGCAGGACGAGAAGGUGGCGUACAUCACGAGGAAGUGGUGGCUUGCAAUUCCCCGGUCGAAAUGCUGGAAGAUCAGCUACAGCACGUUCGAGUGGCUGAACGUCCUGCUGUUCGAGGAGCUAGUGCCUCAGUACUCGCGCUACGGUGAAAACUCCAUCGCAUUCACGGCAAGGAAGGACUGGAACUUGUGCGCUGAGAACAAGCUGGUGAUGACGUACGAGGACUUUGUCUACUCCCUUCUCACUCUCGCUGAAAACUUCACCAUAUCGUCAAGCCAUCGAGAGUACUUCGAGUUCCUCGACAACUUGCUGAACAAAAUCAAAUCGAAGUUUGACAGCAAGGCAGAGGCGCUUGCUUUAGAGCAGGGCAAGAUGAUCCAAGACAAGUCCAGCUCUCGUCAUACAGACAGCGGUGGGAGUGACGACAGUGCGUCUCCCAAGCACACCACUCAGUUUCUCAUACAACGAAGACUCGUUCCCAAAGGCCUCGCAGAUCUCUCCGAAGGCGCGAGCGUGACCGACUCGGAGCCCGGCUUCGACUUCAUCCAUCAGGAAUCUGACUACCAUGCGGCUGCUCUCAUCGAUACGCACCAGGCAAUCAAAGACGCUCGCGAUCUUUUGAGCGACCUCAGCCCGACCACCGCGAGAAAGGCCCUGCACGCUACUCAGCAGAGGAGAGAUGGCCGUCAUCGGAUGAGCAGAUGGUCCUGUCAACCGGCUCUCAGCGCUCGGGUGAGCUUGACCGCAGAGGUCAAAGUUGAGGGCGAGUCUUCCUCCUUCGAGAUCCUUCGGAACUAUCGCAAGGACAUCUCCUCCUUCUCGCCCCGGGCAAUGGAGGCGACGGAGACGAUGAAGCGACUGGUUGGCUUGAGGCUGCUGAAAGACAACAUCCUGAUCUCAGAGACGAUGAACACGAAGCUCAAGAAGCAGGAGAGAGACAGGAGCAUCUCCGAGGCCCUGGCGACGUUGGAGGUGCAGGAGGUGACUGAGCCUAAAGUGGACGUGAAUCCUCCGAGGUGA